AUGAAAAAAAAUGAAAAAGAGAAAGGGAAAGAGGAGAAGAGAAAAACUAAGAGUGAGUUGGCUCGUGAAAAGAAAAGAGACGCUAGUCCAUCCACAGGGAAAGAGGUGCCAUAUCCUUUGGUACCCUCAAAGAAAGACAAGGAGUGGCACCUAGCUCGCUUCCUUGAUAUCUUCAAGAAGUUGGAGAUUACAAUACCCUUUGGAGAGGCCCUUCAGCAGAUGCCGCUCUACUCAAAGUUCUUGAAAGAUCUGCUCACCAAAAAGAGAAAGUACAUACAUAGUGACACCAUUAUUGUGGAGGGAAAUUGUAGUGCAGUGAUUCAACGGAUCCUUCCACCGAAGCACAAAGAUCCUAGAAGUGUCACUAUACCAUGCUCUAUUGGUGCUGUGUCUGUCAGUAAGGCUCUCAUGGAUUUAGGAGCCAGUAUAAACCUGAUGCCACUCUCCAUGUGCCGGAGACUUGGGGAGUUGGAAAUAAUGCCAACCAAGAUGACACUUCAAUUAGCAGAUCGUUCUGUUACUAGACCCUAUGGCGUUAUUGAAGAUGUUUUGGUUAGAGUGAAGCAUUUCACUUUCCCAACUGAUUUUGUAGUGAUGGACAUUGAAGAGGAUACUGAGAUCCCCUUGAUCUUGGGUCAUCCCUUCAUGUUGACUGCUAGCUGUGUAGUGGACAUGGGGAAGAAAAAGCUUGAGAUGGGAAUUUCUGAUCAGAAGAUCAACAUUGAUUUAUUUGAUGAAGAAAAGCAUUUGCUCAACUAG